GACUCCAUCUCAAAAACAACAAAAAAUAAACAAACAAACAAAAAAACCCACAACAUAUUAUUUUCUUGUUUAUGAGGCUUCUUGUCUCUCUGGCUCCGCCAAAAGAGGAUCACCAUCGGAGCAGGGACCCUUCUUGCUGUUGUUCACUGCUGCAUCCCCCACACCUAGAGCAGAGCCUGGCAUGGACAGAAAGUCCUCGGUAAAUAUUUGGUGGCCCCAAGCGAAUGAAGCAUCGAAGAAGGGAAAGCUGGGGGCUCCCCACUGCACUUGCCACCUGAGUCACAUUUUCAGAAGCCUCUGGAAAGUCGUGCACAGCCCAGGGGUGUUGAGCAAUUUCGGUUUCCUCUGAGGUUGAAGGACCCAGGCGUGUCAGCCCUGCUCCAGACACCUUGGGCAUGGAGGAGAGUGUCGUACGGCCCUCAGUGUUUGUCGUGGAUGGACAGACCGACAUCCCAUUCACAAGGCUGGGACGAAGCCGCCAGAGACAGUCGUGCAGUGUGGCCCGGGUGGGUCUGGGUCUCUUGCUGUUGCUGAUGGGGGCCGGGCUGGCUGUCCAAGGCUGGUUCCUCCUGCAGCUGCACUGGCGUCUAGGAGAGAUGGUCACCCGUCUGCCCGACGGACAUGCAGGCUCCUGGGAGCAGCUGAUACAAGAGCGAAGGUCUCACCAGGUCAACCCAGCAGCGCAUCUCACAGGGGCCAACUCCAGCUUGACGGGCAGAGGGGGGCCACUGCUAUGGGAGACCCAGCUGGGCCUGGCCUUCCUGAGGGGCCUCAGCUACCACGAUGGGGCCCUUGUGGCCACCAAGGCUGGCUACUACUACAUCUACUCCAAGGUGCAGCUGGGCGGUGUGGGCUGCCCGCUGGGCCCGGCCAGCACCAUCACCCACGGCCUCUACAAGCGCACGCCGCGCUACCCCGAGGAGCUGGAGCUGUUGGUCAGCCAGCAGUCACCCUGCAGACAGGCCACCGGCGUCUCCCGCGUCUGGUGGGACAGCAGCUUCCUGGGUGGUGUGGUGCACCUGGAGGCUGGGGAGGAGGUGGUCGUCCGUGUGCUGGAUGAGCGCCUGGUUCGACUGCGUGACGGCACCCGGUCUUACUUUGGGGCUUUCAUGGUGUGAAGGAAGGAGCGUGGUGCAUUGGACAUGGGUCUGACACGUGGAGAACUCAGAGGGUGCCUCAGGGGAAAGAAAACUCAUGAAGCAGAGGCGGGGCGCGGUGGCUCACGCCUGUAAUCCCAGCACUUUGGGAGGCUGAGGCAAGUGGAUCACCUGAGGUCAGGAGUUCGAGACCAGCCUGGCCAACAUGGCAAAACCCCAUCUCUACUAAAGAUACAAAAGUUAGCCGGACGUGGUGGUGCCUGCCUGUAAUCCCAGUUACUCGGGAGGCUGAGGCAGGAGAAUUUUGCUUGAACCCGGGAGGCGGAGGUUGCAGUGAGUCAAGAUCACACCACUGCACUCCAACCUGGGAAAUGGAGUGAGACUUUGCCUCAAAAAAAAA